ACCUCACACUGACCGAUCAUUUCCCUUUCCCUUUUUUUUUCUUCUCUCUUCUCUCUCUCUACUUUUUUUUCCCUAUCCGAUAGGGUUUUCUUGAUCUCUCUCUCUCUUCUCGUAUCUUUGAUCUUCAUGUUCAUCUCUUUCUUCAAUACAAUAGAAGCUGAUUUGAUCGUCUUCUUCUUCUUCGGAUCUCUCUUUUUUGCUCUCUCCCAAGGGUUUUCGCUUGAGAAAUCAAGCGCUUUCGUUUUUCCUGGGAAGUUUGAGCUGAAAACAUGUCUCAAAUCUUUAGCUUUGCUGGUGAGAAUGAUUUUUACCGUCGUGGAGCAAUAUACCCAAAUCCCAAGGAAGCUAACCUUUUGCUCUCGCUUACUAGUCUCGUGGAUUGUUGCUAUUACCCUCCUUGCAAGAGGUCUCGCGUCGUCGCUACCGCACCGUCUCUCUUCAGUGCUUUCGAGGCCAAGCCAGUGUCUAUUGAUGUGCUCCCAGAUGAGUGCCUCUUUGAGAUUUUCAGGCGUUUACCUGGACCGCAAGAGAGGAGCGCUUGCGCUUCCGUCUCGAAACACUGGCUCACACUUGUGACUAGCAUCAAGCAAAACGAGAUCGGUGCUGAUCUUUCAAACAAAACCGAAGAUGGUGAUGAUUGUGAAGGAUGCUUAUCUAGGAGCUUAGAUGGGAAGAAGGCAACUGAUGUUAGACUAGCUGCGAUCGCUGUCGGAACAGCUGGUCGCGGUGGACUUGGGAAACUGUCUAUCCGAGGAAACGAUUCCACUAGCAAGGUUUCGGAUCUUGGUCUUAGAUCGAUUGGUAGGAGCUGCCCUUCUCUUAAGGCUGUUUCCUUGUGGAACCUUUCUACCAUUACUGACAAUGGUCUCUCGGAGAUUGCUCAAGGUUGUCCUCAGCUUGAGAAGCUUGACCUGAGCCGUUGCAAUACAAUCACGAACAAGGGUUUGGUAGCGAUUGCUAAGUGCUGUCCUAACUUGAGUGAGCUGACAUUGGAGGCUUGUUCGAGAAUCGGAGACGAGGGUCUGCAAGCCGUUGCAAGAUCCUGCUCCAAGCUGAAGUCGGUGUCUAUCAAGAACUGUCCUCUUGUCAGGGAUCAAGGAAUCGCCGCAUUACUGUCUAACACCACCUAUUCCUUGGCUAAGCUUAAGCUUCAGAUGCUGAAUGUCACUGAUGUGUCUCUUGCUGUUGUGGGUCAUUACGGCUUGUCUAUCACUGAUCUUGUGCUGUCUGGACUGUCACACGUGAGCGAGAAAGGAUUCUGGGUUAUGGGAAAUGGCGUUGGGCUCCAGAAGUUAAACUCUUUAACCAUCACAGCUUGCCAGGGCGUUACUGACACGGGGCUUGAAUCUGUGGGGAAGGGAUGUCCGAAUAUGAAAAAGGCGUUGGUCAGUAAAUCUCCAUUGUUGUCCGACAACGGUUUGGUCUCAUUUGCAAAAGCUUCUUUGUCAUUGGAGAGUCUUCAGAUUGAAGAGUGCCACAGGGUCACCCAAUUUGGGUUUUUUGGUUCUCUUUUGAACUGUGGUGCAAAGCUGAAGGCUUUCUCUCUGGUGAAGUGUUUGGGUAUUAGAGAUCUCACCACGGGAUUGCCUGCUUCAACUCACUGCAGCGCUCUCCGCUCUCUGUCUGUACGUAAUUGUCCUGGCUUUGGUGAUGCAAAUCUUGCAGCCCUUGGGAAGCUGUGCCCUAAGCUCGAGGAUAUUGAGCUCUACGGGCUCAAGGGGAUAACGGAGUCUGGUUUUCUACAUCUUCUUCAGAACUCUCUUGUGAAGGUGAACUUCAGUGGUUGUUCUAAUUUGACAGACAAAGUGAUCUCUGCCAUCUCUGCUCGUAACGGUUGGACUCUUGAAGUCUUGACCGUCGAUGGAUGUAACAAGAUCACCGACGCUAGCCUGGUCUCCAUUGCAGAAAACUGCCAGAUUCUCAGUGAUUUGGAUCUUUCGAAAUGCUCAAUCUCAGAUAUUGGGAUUCAAGCUUUGGCUUCCUCUGACAAGCUGAAACUUCAGAUCCUAUCCAUGUCAGGUUGCUCUAUGGUCACAGACAAGAGCUUGCCAGCCUUAGUGAGGUUAGGUUCAACUUUGUUGGGAUUAAAUCUUCAACAGUGUCGGUCUGUGUCCAGUUCCACUGUCGACUUCUUGGUCGAGCGGCUUUACAAAUGCGACAUCCUCUCCUGAUCCACAAUUCCACGGUCGAUUUCUCCACCACCUAUAUGAUGAAGGUAUUUUAGUAAGUGUCAAGCUCUUUUUCAGGCUCUGUGUGAUCUAUGCGUCUCCUCUCGCUAGGCUCGGUAUCCUCUGUUUUUUUCCCAAGUAGUUCGGCUUCCGGUUUCUUUUUCCAGUCAAUGUUGUUUUUGCAGGGUUUCCUUUAACCAGGGAAACUCUUGCUUAUCACGGAACCGGGACGUCGUGUGGUUGCUUGAGAAUAUACUUACCGGGUAUUUCGAGAUUUUAGGGUUUAUCAUCUCCUGUUGGUGUCUUUUACGAGCCUAAUCUUUUCUCGUUUUCUUUGCGUCGUUUGUUCUUGUUUAAGUUUGGUUUUCCUCAAAAAGGGUCUUUUGUGUGGUUUGUACGUGUUCAAGAUUUGUUCAGGUGUCUUGGGUUCUCUCUUUAGAGGUUUGAUCUGGCUUUUGUUUCAACAAACUCGAUUAAGAGUUUUUUUAAUGUUGUUUUUUUGCCAGAGCCCUCGUUCUUUUUUCUUCCAAGGCAAUGUAUUACGAAUCUGUAUGAACAAUGUACUAAGUUAUGUAAUGCCCUUUGGAAUGGUUUAAUGAGUAUUGAAUAAAAUUCUCAUUUCGUUGUAUAA